AUGGAUCUUAAUAAUAAUGGGAUUGCAUAUGGCGACACUACGCUUGUUCGUCCUACAGGAACCCACAAAGCCACUAUAGUUUGGUUGCAUGACAUCGGGGAAAAUGGCCACUACUCAGCUCAUUUUGUAGAACAGUUGCAACUUGGAAAUAUUAAAUGGAUUUGUCCUACUGCUCCUACACGUCCCGUUUCUAGCUUGGGUGGAGCGGAAACCACUGCUUGGUGCGACGUCACACAAGUUUUUGAUGACAUGGAAGAUGAUUUGCCUUCUCUCAAUACUACAAGUGGUUAUGUGGUUGGAGGUAUGGGAAAUAUGGGCCUAAACGCUGUUCUAGGGAUCAACGGCUGGCUACCUUCCUGGAG